ACAAUCACUCUUCUAAACAAAAGAUACCAAACUCUGUCUCCACUUCUCUUCAAAACGUUAUUUUCAAGAAAUUUAAAUUCUCUUACAAUUCUCAGUUUUCGAACAUGGGAACUAAAUUGAGUGCUGUUUUGGCUGGUUUGAUUCUAUUACUCCCUGUGAUUAUGUGUGUUAAUGAUGAUGGGUUGUUUAGAGUUGGAUUAAAAAAGAAAACUUUUGAUCAUCAAAUCAAAAACCCUGAUGGAAAAAAUGCAUAUAAAAGGUAUAAUAAUGAUGUUUUUGGAAAUUCUGAGGACAGUGAUAUUGUUGCAUUGAAGAAUUAUUUGGAUGCUCAGUACUAUGGUGAGAUUGCUAUUGGUACUCCUCCACAGACUUUUACUGUGGUGUUUGAUACAGGAAGCUCUAAUCUUUGGGUACCCUCUUCCAAAUGUCAUUUUUCGCUUGCUUGCUAUUUCCAUUCUAAGUACAAGGCUAGUGAAUCAAGAAGUUACGCGGAGAAUGGUACAUCUGCUGCCAUCCGUUACGGGACUGGUUCAAUUUCUGGCUUCUUUAGCCAGGACAACGUAAAAGUUGGGGAUCUUGUUGUUAGGAAUCAGGAUUUCAUUGAGGCAACAAAAGAGCCAGGUAUCACAUUCUUGGCUUCGAAGUUUGAUGGUAUACUCGGACUAGGGUUCCAAGAGAUCUCAGUUGGGAAAGCCAUUCCAGUUUGGUAUAGUAUGGUUGAUCAAGGUCUUGUUAAAGAGCAAGUUUUUUCAUUUUGGUUAAAUCGUAUAGUUGGAGGAGAAAAAGGGGGAGAAAUUGUUUUUGGUGGGGUAGAUCCUAAUCAUCACAAGGGUCAGCACACUUAUGUUCCUGUGACUCAAAAAGGAUACUGGCAGUUUGAUAUGGGAGAAGUAUUAAUUGGAAAUGAAACAACUGGAUUAUGCGCUGAUGGCUGUAAGGCAAUUGCUGAUUCUGGAACCUCUUUGCUAGCAGGCCCGACAACUGUGAUUACUCAAAUAAAUCAUGCCAUUGGAGCCUCUGGUAUUGUAAGCCAACAAUGCAAGACAGUGGUAGAACAGUACGGAAAAGUCAUUCUGGAAAUGCUGUUAUCUCAGGCACGACCAGGGAAGAUAUGCUCUCAAAUUGGAUUUUGUACCUUUGACGGGACUCGAGGUGUUAGUACAAACAUUCAGAAUGUGGUGGAUGAAAGCAAAGAGAGGGCAUCUGAUGGUAUGCAAGAUGCCGCAUGUACUGCUUGUGAGAUGUUGGUCGUGUGGAUGCAAAAUCGUUUGAAGCUAAAUGAUACUGAAGAUCAGAUCUUGAAUUAUGUGAAUCAGCUAUGUGAGAGGUUGCCGAGUCCCAAUGGAGAAUCGGCAGUUGAUUGUAGCAGUCUAUCGACCUUGCCUAGUGUCUCAUUUACAAUUGGUGGUAAAGCUUUUAAGCUGACUCCAGAUCAGUACGUUCUCAAAGUUGGAGAAGGAGCCGCAGCUCAAUGCAUCAGCGGAUUUAUUGCUUUGGAUGUGCCCCCUCCUCGUGGACCACUUUGGAUUCUGGGAGAUGUAUUCAUGGGUGUUUAUCACACGGUGUUCGACUAUGGAAAUCUACGAGUCGGAUUUGCUGAGGCGGCCUAAAUAGCUGUCUUCCGGCCACCAAUAUGUACAGUAACUUAUUUUCUCGAACCUAUUUGGCUAAUGUACCAGUGAUGGAAACAAAAUCGAUAAUUAAAGAGUAAAGCCAAAAACUUGUUGGCAAGUUGUUUGUGCUUGAAAUAUUAUGCAUCACACAGAUCUUAAUGUCAACUUGAAUGCGUGACCACAUUGUGAUUA